CUUAUUUCCAGUCUACCUUUGUUACUGCUACUUAUUAGUUGUCUGUGCUGCACUUCCUUCUGGUACCAUGAUAAUAACCAUUGGUAGUCUAAUAAAUAUCAAACUACUGAUGUUCUAAUGCUGUUGUUAAAAUCUGACAUAAAACAGCAAUCUAUAUUAAGAUAUCCAUCCCGAGUUCCUGCACUAUUCAUACAACAUGUUCAGUAAAUAUGUGAUGGUAUGAUAAAAUUAAUUCUUCUGAAAGAUAACAAGUUUGUGGUUAACUGUACAAGAAAUAGUCACAAUGUUUACAAAAAGUGGAAUUUCAGUCAAAUUUAUUAUACUAGUUCAUCACUUGACUCUAUUUAGUCUCUCCAGUGAAAACAUCAUAAGAACACCAUGCUGCUACAACAUUUCUAGUAAUGAAGAUUUAAUUUUCAACUGCUCUUGCUCCCAGAGAAAUGAUAUGUUGAUAAUUGAGGGCUCAACAGUAAGCUGUGGAGAGGAUCACUUCUUUGUUCCAAAUACCACUACCCAAUGGAACGUGGGUGAAUGUGGUGAUGUCCACCUUAGUGGAUCAGCACUGGCUCAGCUUCCAUAUCUACAUUCACUUCAUCUUCACAACAUUGACCAAAUUCAUCUGGCUCCAGAAUUUUUCAAUCAGUAUUACACACACCUCAAAUCACUUAGAAUAUCCCACGCCAAAUUUUCCCCACCUGAAGUAUCACUUGAUAUUCAUGCUCAGAAACUGGAAAGUAUAACACUGGAGCAUCUCACCUUGGAAGGUGAUUUUAGUGUCUUACUUCAGACACAAAAUACUCAUCACCUUUCUAAUUUGUUCCUCAAGUACUGCAAUAUCGAAAAUCUUGGAGAAAUUAAUUUGUCAACACGCUAUGUUGAAAACUUCAGCUUGGAGCACAGUAUUAUCAAGAUCAUUCAUUCCAGUGCUGUCUUCCAAGACUCAAACUACAUUACUUUCUUGGGCAACAAAAUUGACAAGCUUCAGUUCUUGGCAAUUGAUUCAGAUGUCUACAAUUUCACUUUUGUGGAAAACGAAGUGAACAGCUUGGCGUUAGAAAGUAUGGUAGUAAAUAAUUCAACUAUAGUUUCUGUAACAAAAAAUUCAUUUUACCAUAUCGAGCAAUUUGGCCUGACAUGGUUGCAACCAAGGAUGGAAGGAGGAAGCUUGAUAUUCUCCUCCAAUCAUUUGUAUGAAUUUACACCUGGCACUCUCAUUUUCUAUAACUCAGUCCAUAACAAGAACCUGCAGAUUAAAAACAAUAUGUUUCACAUGGGACACUGUGAUUGUGACUCUCACCAACUGAUCAGACAAAUGACUGAUGCGAACAAUGAAACCCUUUCCAACUUCUACAAGGAAAGGAUUGACAUAUAUGACUUGUUCAUUGACACAUCUUACUGCAUUGAUGAGACAGAUAAAAAACAUAAUCUAACUGAAAUCUGUAAACUGCCUGAAAGUGGGCUUGUAUUUUUUCUAAUAACAUUUGGGAUUCUGAUCAUAAGUGCCCUCUUGAUAAUCUGUGUGGUAAGAAAAAUUUACAAAAAUAGUUGUAAACAAAGACACAAGGACAAAGAGGCACAUCAUUCAACUCUCAUAAACUUAAUAACUGUUAGCUCUGAUGAAGAUGAAUGAUGAUAGCAGACAAAUCAAAACUAUGGCCAAUUCAGUCUUUCAUCAUACCUCAUCAAACGGGAAUAAUCAACUUCAAAGUCUAACACUGGACAUAUUUUUAAAGAAAUUAUGUCACAUUUUUAAGCGGUAUAAUAAAAUUCAACUUCCCAUAAA